GGGGGUCUCGCGUUAUCUUGACUCUUGUAUUUGCAAACAACGGGAGUGGGCGGGGCUUGUCGAUGCCACUGGACUGUGUGCCCAAUGCAGCGGUGAGAGGCUCAAUGUGAGGAGCAGCAGCGGCGGAGGCAGACGACGACAACGACGACGACGACGAAGAAGAAGAAAACAACCGUCUCUCUCUGCUACUUUACUACCCGACCUUUAAAAACCUCCACUUUAACCACACGCGAAGAAGAAACCUCGACAUUUUUACUACCUUGUUUGUCCUAAUUUUUUUUACCAGACUUGACCUGUCGCGUUGUUUCCUUCUGCUACUACCAGCAGCACCUGCUCCACACAGGGACUUAUUUCCCCGUUUUUAAGGGACAAAAACGGAGGGAAGAAAAGUAGGAAAACAAACUCGCGACAAGACGAAAACCUUGAAGAUUAAGAAGUAAGAAAUGGAAGUGACCGAGAGAGCGGGACAGUGAUUCAACCUACAACCUGCUGUAGUGGAGACGAGGAGCGGUUUGAAUUUGAAUGAAAAUCUGUGGAUAAAUCCAGUUUGUUUGUGUCGCGGAUGGUGUCGUGUUCCGACAGGACGGAGGAGCUGACAAACAUCCUCGACCUCCUCCUUCUGUGUUCCCUCUCCUCCCGUGACUCCUCCACGCCUUUCCACCAUCGACACCGGCUGCACCGAAGUUGGAGAAGUUUCCAGUUUGUCCAGUGUUUAGCUUCUCCUCCUCCUCUUCCUCCACCUUCGGCUGCAGUGUUGUGACACCACAGGUUCCCGUUUCUCCACAUGGACUCAGGUCCACCUUGAACCACCAGCGCCACCUGACUUCAUAAUUCGAGCCGACAAUCCGACGCAGCUACUUUGUUUCGUACCAGUACCAGCGGAACCGACAUGGAGCCGACACACCUGGGCUUCCUACUCCUCCUGGUCCGCCUCCUCCUGAGCUGGGUCUCUGCAGAAGAAGAGGUCCUGAUGAACACUAAGACGGAGACGUCAGAUCUGAAAUGGACCAUCUAUUCCCGCACCAAACCCGAGUGGGAGGAAGUCAGCGGUUUGGAUGACGAGAACAACAGCGUGAGGACCUACCAGAUCUGCCAGAGCGACAGCUCCCCCAGCCACUGGCUUCGCAGUGGCUUCAUCCAGCGCGGGGGAGCCUCCCAGGUUUAUGUGGAGCUGCGGUUCACCAUGUUGGAGUGCUCUUCCAGAACCACUCACCACCGCAGCUGUAAAGAGACGUUCAACCUGUACUACUACCAGACCGACACUAACGACGCCACGGCCUCGUACCCACCGUGGAUGGAAAACCCAUACACCAAGGUGGACACGGUGGCUGCAGACUUUCUCCUGAGGAAGGGCGGGGAGAGGAAGUUCAACGUAAAGACCCUCAGGCUGGGCCCUCUCUCCAAGAGAGGCUUCUACUUGGCCUUCCAGGCUCAGGGCGCCUGCAUGGCCCUGCUGUCCGUCAGAGUGUUCUUCAAGAAGUGCCCCCCGCUGGUCACCGCCCUCUCCUCCUUCCCCGUGACGAUACCACGUACGUUGGUGCAGGAGGCCCAAGGUGUGUGUGUGGAGCACGCGGACCAGCAGGGCCCUCGACCCCGUCCGCCCAAGCUCUUCUGCGGGGAGGACGGUCAGUGGGUGGGACAGCCGACCACCUCCUGUGCCUGUCGUCCAGGAUAUGAGCCGGCGGAGGGACACACCCGAUGCCUAGCCUGCCCCGUGGGUCAGUUCAAGUCCAGCAACGAGGGUCAGUGCACGACCUGUCCCAGGUUCAGCCACGCUCCCAUCGCAGCGCUGUCGGUCUGCACGUGUCAGUCUGGGUACCUACGAGCCGCGUCUGAUCCUCGUGACGCCCCGUGCACCAAGCCCCCGUCAGCCCCGCGCAGCAUCAGCUCCCACAUCAACGCCACCACCCUCAUCCUGGAGUGGAACGAGCCUCUGGACAACGGCGACCGAUCCGACCUGAGCUACUCCAUCAGGUGCUCCGUGUGCCAGCCCUCCAGGGGCAUGUGCCUGCCCUGCAGGGACAGCGUCAGCUACCGGCCGGCGCAGCAGAGCCUCCUGGGUCGGAGGGUGGAGGUCUACGGCCUGCUGCCUCACACCACCUACACCUUCACCGUGCAGGCGCUCAACGGCGUCUCCCAGCUGAGCGGCAAGGAGCCGGCCAGCGACAGCGUCAACGUCACCUCCAACCAUGACGUGCCGUCACUGGUGUCAGUAAUUCGGAAGAGUGACUCCACGGAGAGCAGUCUGACUCUGCACUGGUCAGUCCCAGCUCAGCAGCCGUACACCAUCCUGCAGUAUCAGCUCUACUACUGUGAGAAGGAGCGUCACAGCGAGGAUCAGUGUCAUUACCAAGAGUUUACCAGGAACCAGGCGGUGCUGACCGAUCUCCGUCGGGCCACGCAGUACGAGGUGCAGAUUCGGGUUCGAACCGUGGCCGGUUACGGCAGCUUCAGUCCCGUCGCUGUCUUCCGCACGCUGCCAGACGGAUACGACGCCGCUUCCCAGUUCUUGGUCCCGGGCAUCCUCAUCGGUGUUGGCAUGCUGAUGCUGGUCACUUUUGUCUUCGUGGCGGCGUACUGCAUACGCAGACACAGCGAAGUAAAGGGUCCGGAGCGGAGCCACAAAACCAGCCAGUGCCUGGUCGGCCAAGGGGUCAAGGUUUACAUCGACCCCUUCACCUACGAAGACCCUAAUGAGGCGGUGCGAGAGUUUGCCAAGGAAAUCGAUGUUUCCUUUGUCAAGAUUGAAGAGGUUAUCGGAGCCGGAGAGUUCGGGGAGGUGUGUCGAGGUCGGCUCAGGAUCCCAGGAAAGAAAGAGAACUACGUUGCCAUUAAGACGCUGAAGGGAGGCUACACCGAGAAGCAGAGGCGGGACUUCCUGUCCGAGGCCUCCAUCAUGGGCCAGUUCCAGCACCCCAACAUCAUCCACCUGGAGGGCAUCAUCACAGCCAGCUGCCCCGUCAUGAUCCUCACCGAGUUCAUGGAGAACGGAGCGCUGGACUCUUUCCUGAGGCUCAACGACAGCCAGUUUACGCCCAUCCAGCUGGUGGGAAUGCUGCGCGGCAUAGCCUCCGGGAUGAAGUAUCUGUCCGAAAUGAGCUACGUCCACCGAGACCUGGCCGCCCGCAACAUCCUCAUCAACAGCAACCUGGUCUGCAAGGUGUCGGACUUUGGCCUGUCCCGCUUCCUGCAGGAGAACUCCUCUGACCCGACCUACACCAGCUCUCUGGGCGGAAAGAUCCCGAUCCGAUGGACGGCACCCGAGGCGAUCGCCUUCAGAAAGUUCACCUCCGCCUCAGACGUGUGGAGCUACGGCAUCGUCAUGUGGGAGGUCAUGUCUUUCGGGGAGAGACCCUACUGGGACAUGAGCAACCAAGACGUGAUCAAUGCCAUAGAGCAGGACUACAGGCUGCCCCCGCCCCCCGACUGCCCCACCCACUUGCACCAGCUGAUGUUGGACUGCUGGCAGAAGGACCGCUCAGCACGUCCUCGCUUCUCAGACCUCGUCAGCGCUCUGGACAAGCUGAUCCGCAACCCGGCGUCGCUGAAAAUAAUCGCCCAGGAAGCAGCGGGGCCGUCCUACAGCCUGCUGGACCAGCGGUCACCUCUGUCCCUCUCUUCAUGCUCCUCCGUAGGAGAAUGGCUGAGGGCCAUCAAGAUGGAGCGCUACGAGGACAGUUUCCUGCAGGCUGGUAUCAGCUCAGUGGAACAGCUGGCCCAACUCAGCACACAGGAUCUCCUGCACAUGGGAGUGACCUUGGCCGGCCAUCAGAGAAAAAUCCUCUCCAGCCUUCAGAACAUGACCUUUCGGAACAAGGGCAGUGCGACCGUGACCUUCUGAGCGCUCCUGUCCCGCGUGGAAACGAAGAGCAGCUUUGCAGGUACAGC